UCAUGAUUCUAACGAGUAACAGCUAUCUUUUCCCAAUAUAUUUAAAGUACUUUCUUACCUUUAAUUGUACCAGAUACCUGAUGUUAUACAGAAAAAAUGUUGUCAAAUAGUACAUAGGUACUCUCAGGAAAAUUUGAGUGCUGAAAAAUAGUACGGUUGUCUGAAAAAUAUGUUUAGACUUUUACUUCCGGUUACAUCAUUUGACCUACUUCCACUCCAUAUUGGAAUCAGAGAAUCUACAGUUUGUGUCUAUAUAUUUUGAGCGUUUACUCCGUGGAUCAAGCAAGAAAACCGAAAUAGCUAUGGAAUAACUGUUAUUAAGAAGCAAGCCAUAGUAUGAUGUCAGAUGCAGGCCAACCAAGGCUAGUCAAGGCUGUUUACAACUACAAAGCUACAAAUAAUGAUGAGUUGAAUUUUUCGAAGAAUGAUAUCAUCACAAUUACCCAGAUUGUGGAUGGUGGUUGGUGGGAAGGCACCUUGGGAGGCCUCACUGGUUGGUUUCCUAGCAACUAUGUCAAAGAAAUAAAGAUUGAUGGGAGACCAGGGGUGUCUAGUCCUACGGGUGUCCCAGGUGGGGAUGUCGUACAAAACAAGAAGGAAAGCAUGAUGUUUUAUCACAAUGUUGUCUUACAGAACAUUCUAGAAACUGAGCAGGUCUAUGUGAAAGAACUACAAACUCUGCUACAGAAGUAUUUACUACCAUUGCAGAAGGCAAAUAUCCUCAGUCCAGGAGAAUACAGUCAGCUGUGUGGCAACCUUGAGGAACUGAUCAACUUCCAGCAAGACUUUCUCAACACAAUAGAGGAAUGUGCAAAGUUGCCCAUUCCGCAACAAAGAGUAGGAGGUUUGUUUAUGUCCACAGCACCCAGAAUGAAGGAAGUCUAUGAACAAUACAGUUCCAAUCACCCACAUGCUGUAGCCGUGCUCACCUUAAAAAGGGAAGAACUUAAUACAUUCACUGAAAGCCAGGGGGCAGCACCUCCUGGAUCAAUGACCUUGACAACAAACCUGUCAAAGACUUUCACCAGAUUAGAUAAAUACCCCCAACUUUUAAAAGAACUAGAACGGCAUAUUGAAGAAAGUCACAUUGACAGAGGGGACACACAAAGAGCUAUAGCAGUUUAUAAAGACAUCACAGUGGGAUGUGUUGAACUUAGGAAGAUGAAGGAGUUGGAGUUUGAUAUCAUUUCUAGUUCUAUAAGAGGAUGGGAGGGGGAGGAAAUUACAAAACUUGGAGAUGUGUUACUGCUGUCACAUGUGAGGAUACAAAAGCCUCCAUGUAAAGAAAAACUGGAUCGACUGUUUAUGCUGUUUCAAGGGGUCCUUGUGAUGUUAUCGACUAGUGCAGAUAUGAGCACAUUUACUUAUGAGGGUAAGCUACCAGUUACAAGCGUACGGGUCACCAGAGUCGAAGACCCAGAGAAUCUGUCCUAUAUACUGGAACUCACAGGCAGUAUGAUAGAAAAGAUUUCAGUUUAUUGUAACACAAUGAAUGAUCAGAAAAGAUGGUAUGAUGCAAUAACACAACAAAGCACCCUUCCUCCAAUACCCAGCAAACCCCAAACAAUACAGAUCUCAAGCUCACAUCCGAGCAUCAGUGUUCUCACACCAGCAAAAAUGGCCCAAAUCAUGAGUCCACUGUCGCUUAAAUUGAACAAGACUUGGAGCAUGUCAUGUCUUAGACCAUGUCCACCACUGAGGCCCUCGCAGUUUGUCAAAGAAGAAGGAAAUAAAAGCCCAAGGGGAACUAGGAGGUCAACCAGUAGGAGGAAACAAGCAAGAACAAAAUCUCUGGAAAGAGAAUACUACAUUAGGCCAGAGGACAUCAUUGCCAGUGAAGAUGCCUUAGUGUUGAAAGUAAUAGAAGCUUAUUGUACAAGUGCUAAAACGAGACAUACAGUUAACUCAUCUCUUCUAGAUUGCCCACAAGUUAUUAUUGCAGAGGAAGAGAAGAUUAUAUUUGAGGAUAUCAGAGGGGAUCAAACAAUUAUUGAGGAGAAGAGUCUUGUAGAUACAGUGUAUGCCUUGAAAGAUCAAGUAAAGGACUUGCGACAGGAACAUAAAAAGAUGCGCAAAGAAUUAGAUGAUGAGAAAAAAGCGAGAAAGAGACUUGAACUUAUGAUUCGUAAAUCACUUCGUAGUUUAGUUGAAACUGCUUGGGAGGAAAGCAAUGGGGCAGGAGCUCACAUGGCCUCAAUGUGAAAAGUUGGAUGGGAGAGAAGUUUGGUAUUUUCACUGCAAUAUUGAUCACAUGACUGCAAUGUGAGGAACUUGAUUGGAGAUGUCAGUUUGACAAAAACAUUGCAAUAGUGAUCACUUGGCUUCAGCAUGAUUGUUUUGAAAUGUAAAAUAGAGUGAAAACAUGAGGAUUUAGCAAGGAAUAAAAUGCAUAGGCAUAUAGUCAUCACUCUAAAUUGUAUAGAAAUGUAGAAAAUCAAGCAGU